AUGUCUCGGCGUCCUACUCCAGGCCAAGCUGCCCAGAACUCGCUGACCAUCAAGGGUUUGCUGAAACUUGAACACAAUAAGAUAUGUGCCGACUGUAAACGGAACAAGCAUCCGCGAUGGGCUUCCUGGAACCUCGGUGUGUUUGUCUGCAUUCGGUGCUCAGGCAUUCACAGGGGUAUGGGCACACACAUCAGUCGAGUCAAGUCCGUCGAUCUCGAUGCUUGGACCGACGAACAGCUCCAGAGUGUGGUGAGAUGGGGCAAUGGAAGAGCUAAUAAGUACUGGGAAGCAAAAUUGGCACCCGGCCACGUUCCGUCAGAUGCGAAAAUUGAGAACUUCAUCCGAACGAAGUACGAAAGCAAGCGAUGGGUAAUGGACGGUGGAAUACCAGAUCCCUCCACACUGGAUGAUGGUGAUGACGAUGUUCCUCUCGCUGUCGUACAGGAGAAAGCAAAGAUUGAACGCUCUGCUUCGCAACGAGUCGCUCCCCCUAGCCAACCCCAAGUACGCCGUCAACAAGCCUCGAUUGAUCUAUUCGGCGACGAUAUCUCUCCCCCGGCCCGUCCUAGCACGACCGAGCCUACUCCGCGUGCGCCUCCUAGGCAAGCACCGCCCGCGCCAAUCAAGACCCACAAGCCUAACGAUUCAUUGCUGGGUCUUGACUUCUUCGGUAGCGCUCAGCCUUCUACUGGUAGUCGCCCCAGUAGCACGGCAUCUACACCAGCGACACCAAGCGGAAUGUCUCGGCCAGACCUCAAACAAUCGAUUUUAUCUUUGUACUCAAAGCCGCAACCGGCAGCACCCAUGCAGCACCAGCGCGGCAACUCCUUCGGUGCCAUGGCCUCAGCUCCGGCCCCCUCCGGUUCAUCUAACAUGGGCGGCCUGACAGACGCCUUCAGUGGACUGAGCUUCCCAACUACUACUUCUCCCGCUCCCCCCAGACCGGCUGAAAAGCCCUCGCCAUUCUCCAACCUCACAUCUUUCGGUGGCGCCAAGUCAACUCCUGCCGCCCCGAAGGUUACAUCGCCCUCGGGAUCUUCAGGCGGCGACUUCUUUGAUAGCCUCUCCUCCCCGACUCUAUCAGCCCCGAAGCCCCAGUCCCGAACAACAUCUGUCUCUUCAGCCAGCCAAGACUUCGGAUUUGGUGGAUUUGCUUCCCCGACUGCUAAGCCUAACCCCCCAUCAUCAUCCCUAUCAAAUGAUUUAUUCGGAUUCUCCUCGGCUGCUCCUGCACCUAAAUCCACGGUUUCGCCCCCGAAGUCCACAGCAACAUCUCCUCAUCAGGAAAUGAAAUCUGCAUUUAAUAUCUCUGCACCUCCAAUUCAGCCUCUUGCCCCUCCUCAAGCGCCAGCCACCAGCGCUGCGAGCGCUGCAGCAGCCAGUAUGAUGUCUGCGAGUCUUGACCCAUGGGGCGGUAACGCAUGGAGCACACCCGAUAGUGCCCCAUCGCCUGCUGCCGUACCCUCAGCUGCAUCCAUGAUGAAGGUUCCUGACACCUUGACCCCGAACGAUGUAGGCAACGGUUGGGGUGCACCCAGCGCUGCUCCUAAGCCCGCACCCACUGUGGCAGCUGAUGAGGACUUUGGCGGCUGGGCUAGCGCCGCCCCAGUCUCCAACAAUACUUCCUCAACCACGAAUAACAAGUCCUCUGGUGGAUUCGGCGGAUCUGAUGACCUCUUCUCCAACGUCUGGGAGUAG